ACACGCGGGCUGCCGGCGCAUGCGCGGCUGCCGGCGAGGGAGUUGGACAUGCUGUUCCGCCUGUGUGGCCCGUGGCGCCCGGGGAUGCUCGGCCUGCGGCUCCGCGCCCGACUCCCCGCGCCCCCGCUGUGGGCGGCGGCCACAGUUCCCGCGCUGGACCCAGGAGGCUGGUACGAGAUGCUGGCCUCGUCGGCGCCGGUGCGCGCGGCGGAGGGGGCGCUCGCGCUCGCCGCCGCGGGCCUGCGCGGCCUGCUCACGCUGCCCCUGGCCGCCCAGCAGCGCCGCGUCCUGGCCAAGGUGGAAAAUUUGCAACCAGAAAUAAAAAACAUUGCUAGGCGUCUUAACCAAGAAGUUGCAGUUUGUGCUCGUCAGUUGGGCUGGUCCCGAAAAGUUACCAGGCUUACUUACCUAAAGAAUAUGAGGAGGCUUGUCUCAGAGCUGUAUGUUCGGGAUAACUGUCACCCUUUCAAAGCUACUGUGUUAGUCUGGAUUCAGCUUCCAAUGUGGAUCUUCAUGUCUGUUGCCCUCCGGAAUUUGAGUACAGGGGCAGCACAUUCAGACGGUUUUUCUGUUCAGGAGCAGUUAGCCACGGGUGGCGUUUUGUGGUUUCCUGACCUCACUGCCUCUGAUUCUACUUGGAUUUUGCCUAUCUCUGUGGGUGUCGUCAACCUGUUGAUAGUAGAGGUUUUUGCUCUACAAAGACUUGGCAUGUCCCGUUUCCAGGUGUGCGUCACUUACUUUGUGCGCGCUGUGUCAGUGCUGAUGGUUCCCAUCGCUGCGACUAUGCCCUCAUCGAUUACCUUCUACUGGUUGUGCUCCAGCCUCAUGGGCCUUGCACAGAACUUGCUGCUGUGUUCUCCACGAUUUCGCCAACUUUGCCGAAUACCAUUGACCAAAUCACAGUCAACUACUCCUUAUAAAGACCUCUUUGCUGCCUUUUAUGCCAAGUUCAUAUCAAGAAAAUGACAUAUCUUACAGUAAUUUUGAAAUGAUUACAGGUGUCACUAUCACCCUUAUGUAUAUAGAUUUAGAAGUUGUUUAAUUUGCUGUUAUUUUAAAAUCAUAAACUCUGAAGACGGUGGCUUAAAAUAUAAGCCUGGUCUUUUUGACAGUAAUGAAAAUCUUUUUAAGUGCUAGAAAUGUAGUUACGUCUAAUUGUAAGAGUAUAAAAUUGGAACCAAGUAUUGUCUCUAGAAAACUUUGGAGAAUUGUUAGGGUUUGUGUCUCGGUGUCCCCGCUAAAGCCUCAUGUAGCCAUGGGGCAGGCUUUUAGAGUUUGAUUGAUUAUGGGUGUGAGAGCUACACCCGCCCUGGGGUGGAUAGUUUGCA